UGCGUGAUAAUAUUGAUAAGCUUGUGAUAAGCAAAACGAUAAAAUUGAGUUUCAAAGCUCUAAUUAUUCGAUAAAUUAUUAGUCUCUUCAAAAAUUUCAAGCUAACAAUACCUAGGAACGUUUAUUGAACAAUUUCCUCGAGAUUCAAUCAAAGAUGUGUUUCAAUAGUUUCUUCAUAAGAUCGUUAAAUAUUUCUUCAUCUAAGCGUGGAAUACUUUAUUGCAUUGCAUGAAAUCGGAUAAUCCUGACGAAGACUCGUCGAGUGGAAUGAAUAAAAUGAGAUCUAUAAUGGCAUCGAUUUCAAACCAAAAUGGUAAUAGUAAUCAAAGUAGUUCACAUUCCGUUUCAGAUUAUUGUGUCAAAGACGAUGACGACAGCGAAGAUAAAGAGUCUCCGUAUAGCUACAAAGAGCGUCGUCGCGAGGCCCAUACUCAAGCCGAGCAGAAACGUAGAGAUGCCAUCAAAAAAGGAUACAAUACGCUGCAAGAUUUAGUACCAUCUUGUCAACAAACGGAUAAUUCUGGUUACAAACUGAGUAAAGCUACCGUUCUACAGAAAUCCAUCGAUUACAUACAAUAUUUAUUGCAACAGAAGAAAAAAUUAGAAGAGGAAAGAAACGCUCUUCGUAAAGAAGUGGUUGCUUUGCGAAUAAUGCAAACGAAUUACGAGCAGAUGGUUAAAGCUCAACAUGUAUCUUCUGGACAUAUCGAAACUAGAGUUUCAGAUGACGUUAAAUUUCAAGUGUUUCAUAGCAUCAUCGACGAAUUAUUUAUUACGUUCAGCAACGUAAACGUAUCAAAUUUCGCCGAACUUUCUGCGUGUGUUUUUAGCUGGCUCGAAGAGCAUUGUAAACCCAAGACAAUGCGAGAAAUGAUUCUAAACGUAUUGUCUCGUUUCGGAACCAGUCAUUCCAAUGUUGUGCCAUAGGUCAAGUUACCAACAGAACAGGGAUCAAGCUGUUUUAUCUGUCUGUUUUAUAAAUAAUUUCAAAUUUGUUAUUUUAUUCGUUAGUUUUUACGUUGCGUAUCUAUGUUUUUUUUUAUUGUAUAUUUUGUAUGUUUAACCAUAGUAAAUGUUAUUCCAAGCUGA